AUGGUUAUCAGUAUCCUCCAUGUGUUUCCUGUGGAGUGUGCUGUUUCUGUCCUGAGCUGCUGGAGGUAUGUACACCAUGUCAGGCUGGAACUGAAAAGUCUCUCAUCUAUGGCCACUGCAGAAGAGAUCUUAGAGUAUGCUUGUUUUUUGUGCUUGGGGCUGCCUCUAGUGGUCUCAAGUCCUUCACUUGCACCAUCACAGGGAACCAACAGUUUUACAAGAGGCUUCCUGGGUCUGGAUAAGUGCAUUGCCUGUGUGGGCACUUCAAUAUGCAAGAAGCUUUAUAAGGAACAAAUAAGGUUUAAAAGGUAGAUGUUUGCUCAACUGCAUUUACCCUCAGAUAACAGAACAUCUUGAGGGAAUUACACAAAUGAUUCAGAAACCUGCCAGCCUGUGGUGCUGUCAUGGCUGGUUUCACCCAACCUGCACCAGCUGGCUGACGAAACCAUUUGUAUCUCAGCAGGCAAAAGGAAAUCCUGCAGCAUUGAGGCAGUUCUGAGAUCAACACCACACUUCCAGAACAUGGCCAACAUCAAUAUCCUGUUACCUAGUAUGGUUCAGGUCUGUCUGUACAGUUCGGAGCUUUACAUAUUUGGCAUUACCAUACAGUUAAAAGUUACCUACUUUGAACUCAUUAAAAGGCUUUACUGCUGUAUUUCUCUAAUGACUAAAUGUGGUCAAACAAAAAUUGACUACAGACCACCGAGGAGCCUCUACCCUUGACCACUGGCACACAGAUCUGAUCCUGCCCAUCAGAUUCUGUACUUCACAAUAAACUUGGCCUCAAAUAGCAUCCAUUUCCAUCUUUACUACACACGUUUCACAGAAGACACAUUUGGCAUAGCGGAUGAUGGAAGGCUCUUCAUCAUGGAUGCCAGCACAAUCGGGAUCAUCGACCUGCAGGAGGGAGAACCAUAUAGAUUUAUUCUCAUGACUGAGCAGUUCCCUGCAAAAAAAACUCCUCCCUGUGAGAGCAUUCGUUUCUCCCAAAGUUUGCUUUGUAGACCUGUCCUGCCCAGACUGCUCACAUCUAAAGACGUGCAAUCGUCUGGACUGCCGAGUAAAGCCAUCAAAAAGCUGAAUGUAUGUGCAGACCAAGCACAGUCUGAUCAAACGAGACACAAAGCUGUUUAAAUCUUUAAGGACAUACUACAGUCCUUUAGGCCAUGCAGUGUCGAUUAUGGAUACAGGUACCCUAAAUGAACGUACAGUGACAAGUUGUAGAACAUCAGUUUGAACAAUAACUGUAAAUAUCUGACAUUUAAAUAGCACAUC